UGAGGCUGACAGGGAUACAUAGUAAAUAAAUGUAUCGCUAUCCCCCCGCUGUCUUUUCUUCGCCCACAAUGUCCCCCAUCUUCUCUAGAUCUGCGUCCGCCCCUCAUUCGAGUAUCGACUAUGCAAGGGGGGCUCGGGUACCCCCACCAUCGUCCUGGCGGCCAUCUGCCUCACCUUGCUUGUCAUAUUCGUUGUUUUAUUCGCAUAUUACUUUUUUCGGGCGUGCACGGGAACAAUUCAAGGGAGCACAAAUUGACGAUGCAGCCGGAGACACAGUGCGCCUCUUUUUUGCCACACGUAGUUCCACCCGCCGCACUCCAUUCCAUACAGGCUACGGCGUCCACAUCAAGAACUGGCAUUCCCCAGGGGGAACUGGAGAAAGGCAUUUCGGAGAGUGUGAAUCCGGUGAGACACAGAGUCUACUGGCAGCGCAGUGUCCCCUAUGUAGCAACAACGAUGAAAACAGCGAUGACGAAGAAGAUGGCGACGGCAAAGACAAGCCAUGCAACGAUUCUGUUCACGGCGUGGAAGGCCCCCUGUACUUCAUCCCCGACCAUUUCCGUGGUUUCGGGAAAGAUUUUGACUCCCCCGAUUCGAUCGCAGGGCACCAUGGCAAAAAACCCAGUAUUCACCCGUUCCAGUUCUCUUACUCAAAAAUUACCCCCUCGCGGACAGCGCGACCACAUUUGCUCAUGAAAGAACACCUUUCUAUAUCACAUGCUCAAGAUCCUUCACCGCUGUUCCCCAUGGAUAACACAUUCGUGCUGCAACCCACCGACUAUAUCAUUGAUCCCGCGGCCAGCAACCUAGGUCUUUGCCUGUCGUGGCCGAAGGCGUUACUGCCGAGUUCGGACAGUGUUGAUUGGCAACUUGGUGAAGGCGUCCCCAGGAACCCUGUUCCUGCGUACCGUGCACUCAGUAUGGAGGUGAGUCGGAAAGAAUUGUGGUUUGCUGGGUGUAAUGCGUAUAUUGCUGUGUCGGCUCGAAGUUAUGGUAUUGAUCGUGAGGAAUAUCCCAUGAUGGGUCUCUACGCGAUAUCGAAUGCAUCGGCCACCAUCGAAUCUCCCAUUUGCGUUCCUGCUUUCCUCUCGUCCGUAUCUGCGACCGUCGCAACGAUCCUUCCCGUCUUAUACCACACCGCCACAUACGUUCAACACCUCGCUUCAGGCGACGCUUCGAGAAAUAGUUGCAUCUGA